UGCAAAAUAGAGCGGCUGAGACAACCAACCCCUCCGGCUAGAACUCAUCGAUUCCCGAUGUUCUCGACGGUUAUGAAGCCUUUACUAUCUCCGUCACCGUCGCUGUUUCGCCUUCCUCCCCUUUCUUCUUCUCUCUCACUCUUCUUUCGCGUUUUCCCCUUCUCCUCCUCCUCCUCCUCUCACUUUCAUUCCCCUCAUCCGAUUACGCCUCUCCGUUCCUCCCGCCGCAACUAUACUCGCCACCACGCCUCUCUCUCCGACCACUACCUCUCAUGCUCCGUCCCCGAGAAGCCCCUUCGUGUAGCCGUCCUCCUCAGCGGCGGCGUCGAUAGCAGCGUCGCCCUCCGCCUCCUCCACGCCGCUGGACACUCCUGUACCGCUUUCUACCUCAAAAUCUGGUUCCAGGAAGGCUUUGAGAAUUUCUGGAACCAGUGCCCCUGGGAAGACGACUUGAAAUACGCAAAGCAUGUCUGUGAGCAGGUUGGUGUACCUUUAGAGGUUGUGCAUUUAACAGAUGAAUACUGGGAAAGAGUUGUUUCUUACAUUAUUGAGGAGUACAAAUGUGGGCGUACACCUAACCCGGAUGUUCUGUGUAAUACUAGAAUCAAGUUUGGGGCAUUCAUGGAUGCAAUCAGUGAUAUGGAGUAUGAUUACGUAGCUUCAGGUCAUUAUGCCAAAGUUGCCCAUCCUGCUGCUGGUGGUCCAUCUGUUUUGGAACUCUCACAAGACAUGGUGAAAGAUCAGACGUACUUCCUCUCACAUCUCUCUCAAACCCAGCUUAAGCGACUCCUGUUCCCACUUGGUUGCGUAAAGAAGGAAGAAGUUCGGAAACUAGCUACACAAUUUGAUUUGCCAAAUAAAGACAGAAAAGAUUCACAAGGAAUAUGUUUCCUUGGGAAGAUAAAGUUCAGCGACUUUGUCGGAACACACAUAGGAGAGAAGGAAGGGAUCAUACUGGAAGCUGAAACUGGUGACUUCCUCGGUAACCAUAAGGGAUUUUGGUUUUACACUAUUGGACAGCGUCAAGGCCUGCGUUUACCCGGUGGACCUUGGUAUGUUGUUGAGAAGGACACCAAGAACAAUGUAGUGUUUGUCUCGAGAGAUUACUACUCAAUCGACAAGAGAAGGCGGGUUUUCCGUGUUGGAUCCUUAAGAUGGCUUAGUGGGAAACCUUUAGACAAUGUUAGCCAGCUUCGUUGCAAGGUGAGGCAUGGGCCUGGCUUCUACAGCUGCAGCUUUGAAAUGGAAGCAGAAGGAGAUGUUGCGGUUGUACACUUAGAGGAAGACGACCAAGGUCUAGCUGCUGGACAGUUUGCAGCUUUCUAUGAAGGAACCAUUUGUAUUGGGUCAGGUGUUAUCUUGGAGUCAUGGGACGAUCAGUGUUUCCCUGUUUGUGCAAAAGCUCUUCAACUCGCAGCUGUGGAAGACAAAACCAAACUUGGGAAACCUGUUAAAAUCAUGACGAUGCCAGUUACUACUUCUGUUGAGGCUGGGCCAGGAGAGACAAGUGGAGAAGAAAAGCUUGUCAAUGCAUGAAACAGAGGAAGUGGUGUAGUAGUCUGAAGAAGCUACUCGAAGAGUUGAAAAGUAGAGAAGCAGAUGUUGCUAGAGGAUAAGAUUAAUAUUAUUUAGGAAAAACACUUUGUAACAUUUGAUAGUUUUGUUGUCUUCUUAUAUAUGGUGGCCUCAUGGGAGAUCAUUUGUUA